AUGUAAUUAUCACAACAAUCAUUAUCUAUUACAGGAUGGUUACACGAAUAUGAUUAAUAGAAUUCACCUCAAAUUUAUUAAGUAGUUAAUUGUAAUUCCAUUUCAUUUAAUAUUAAAUUAUAGACAUAGUUAAUAGGAAAUAAUAAUCUUAGAAGAGAAGUGUGAGUUUAUGUUAAAGAAGAUAAGAUUAAGAACCUAAUAAAUCAAGUAUAUCAUUUUAUUAUUCCUGAUUUAAUUGAUUAGAGUAGUAAUAAAAGUCAAAUUUUAAGACGACCCCCAAAAGUUCCAACUACUUAAAAUAAGAUUUAAGAAUUAAAAAAAGUCAUGCAAUUUCUAUAAUAUAAUGAACAACAUAAAUAUGAUACACAUAGAAUAUUCAAUUUAAAUGAUCCUAAAUUUUAACCAGAAACUAAGUUAAUUAUUCAACAAAAGAAGGAAUAGUUUAAAAUUAAAUUGAAGUAUUUCUUAUCUUAAAAAUAGUUAAUAAUAAAAUAAAAGAUAAUUACAACCACUAUAAGAAAUCAAUUCUACUAAUACUUCUACUGAAAGAUAAUAACAUAAUAAAGUAAAUAAUCAAUUGAAAAAAAUUCGUUUUAAAACAGAUUAAUAUUAUGAAAUUUAAAAAUCUAAUUCAAUAAAUAGAAUUUAGAGUAUCAAUGACAUUAUGCCUAAAAUUUUUAAAAAUAAUGACAUUCCUAAUAUACCAAAUAAACAAGUCAUAUAAAGAGGAUUAGAAUUUCUAUAGUAAAUGGUUGAAAAACAAAAGGAGAAUGUCUAACACUACCUACCAAAAUAAUAAAAAUAUAUCAAAUGA